GGUGGGGGCGUUCGUCGAUGCGGGUGAUCCGUGCGGCGCGCGCGCGCGUGGGUUCCAGUGCGGUGUUCUGCGGUGGGAUCAGAGCCGGGUUACCUGACGCUCAACGGACGUCACUGUGACAGAUCUUUGAAAGGCGGAGCACAUCAGCGAGGUACAGGCUGCCGGAGGUCACCGGCACAACGCCCGUGCUGCCAUCUGUGAUCGCCCUCCGCAGUCAUGUUUCGGCUCCAGACGGCACUGCACGUCGGCGUAUUGUCAGCCACGUACGCCGUGCUUCGACUGGCGGCGUUUGGGCCAUGGAUUCAGGAGCUGGCUGUGUUCCUAUUGGCCCUGCUGGUCACAUCGUUCUUCAUUGAUGCACUGCGACAAUUUCUGCCCCGUUACGUCAUAGACCAUCGGUCAGACAAGGCUGUAUUUGUGACAGGCUGUGACACGGGCUUCGGCCACGCGGUGGCGCGCCGUCUGGACGCUCUCGGGCUGCGCGUGUUCGCCGGCUGCCUGUUUCCGGACGGCGAGGGCGCGCGGACCCUGCAGCGCGACUGCUCCUCGUCGCUGACCGUCGUCGCCUGUGACGUCACCAGCCAGGAGCAGGUGGCUGCCGCUGUGGUCCGCGUGGGAGCCCUCCUCAAGGAUACCAAGCUGCACGCGGUGGUGAACAAUGCGGGCGUCUUCACGAUUUCGGAGGUGGAGUGGUGCUCCCUGGACAUGUACCGGCGUCUGUUCGAGAUCAACUGCUUGGGCGCCAUUCGCGUCACCAAGGCGUUCCUGCCGCUGGUGCGGGCGCACGGCGCAGGGGGCCGGGUGGUGAUCGUCGCCAGCUUGGCAGGCCGGUACACCAUCCCGGGCCUGUCAGCUUACUCGGCCUCCAAGCACGCUACGAUCUCGUUCGCGGACGGGCUGCGUCGCGAGAUGCACAAGUUCAACAUCUCCGUCCACACGGUGGAGCCGUCCACCUACCGCACGCCGAUCCUGUCCGAGAGCGUUCUGGAGGGCACAGUGAAGAAGGACUGGGACGCCGCGGGCGAGGAGGUGCGAGCCUCAUACGGAGAACACUACCGCGACGAGUUCAAGGUGAAGUUCAUGGGUGAUACUGAAGAACGCGAGGCCGGCGAGCAAGAUCUACGAGAGCUGCACGCGGUGGUGAACAAUGCGGGCGUCUUCACGAUUUCGGAGGUGGAGUGGUGCUCCCUGGACAUGUACCGGCGUCUGUUCGAGAUCAACUGCUUGGGCGCCAUUCGCGUCACCAAGGCGUUCCUGCCGCUGGUGCGGGCGCACGGCGCAGGGGGCCGGGUGGUGAUCGUCGCCAGCCUGGCAGGCCGGUACACCAUCCCGGGCCUGUCAGCUUACUCGGCCUCCAAGCACGCUACGAUCUCGUUCGCGGACGGGCUGCGUCGCGAGAUGCACAAGUUCAACAUCUCCGUCCACACGGUGGAGCCGUCCACCUACCGCACGCCGAUCCUGUCCGAGAGCGUUCUGGAGGGCACAGUGAAGAAGGACUGGGACGCCGCGGGCGAGGAGGUGCGAGCCUCAUACGGAGAACACUACCGCGACGAGUUCAAGGUCAAGUUCAUGGGUGAACUGAAGAACGCGAGGCCGGCGAGCAAGAUCUACGAGGUGGUCGACGAUAUUCUGGACGCGACUGUCGGCGUUGAGCCCCGGGCGCGGUACGUGCCCAGCGCCGCGGUGACGCUGCGUUCGCAGCUCAUCCAGUCCCUGCCCUUGCCGGUGGUCGAUUCCAUGCUGGAGUCGCGAGCCUGCCCGCCCACGCCACCGGCAGCAGUGAUCCGCCAGCGACAGCGGCAGCUGAAGAACCCCUACACCAUGCCGCAGAAGCCGUUCCUGAAGCGCUUCUUCUCGGUGCCGCACUUCGAAAAGCCGCCACCCAGCCCGGCGCACGAUGACCACCGUCCGCCCAGCUUCGCAGAGGCUCCAGAACAGACCCGGGCAGAGGUGUCCGCCGAGAGCGAUCACGCCCCGCACACUCUCUCUGAAGCCAUCGCCGAGGAGAACGAGGAGUAGGGCCACCGCUCGGCACGAGCAGCGGCACGGGCUCGGUCCGAGCCGGCCGCAGAGGCGGAGGAGGCGGAUGUGUGACCCAGACCUCGGUCUGAGGCGGUCACCGAAGAGGAAAGGAAUGGAGUCGCCCACCGGUCCCGUGCAGUUUGGAGCGAUUUGGACUCGGUCUGCGUCGGUAGCCGAGGAGAGCAAGGAGCAGAGGCGUGAUUGGUGGCCUGGGCUAACUUAAGGGCUGCAGCCGAGAAGAAGGAGGAACCGGGCCAUUACCUGACACGUGCAGCGGCCCGGGAAGUGUGAAAGGUCGGGGAGCGGUGUGCCAGCAGCACGUGCCUCACACAGAGGCGAUCGCGGGGGGCGUACAAGUGUGCCGUGUCUCUGGGGCUUAAAGCUGAGACCAAGGUACAAAUAUGUAGGCCAUACGGGAGACUUUAGUCUCUAGUGUGUCCAAGAAAAAAAAUAUAUGACGUCGAAAUUCUGGCGUUCUCUUUAGCUAGGAGUGUACGCCUAAUCAUGACCGGCCAACUUAUGCAAUAGCGUGUAAAUAUUUCGCGAUCACUUACAUGAUGUGUGCAAUAUAUAAAAACGUGUCGAUGAGAGCCGUAACAAAGCGACCAGGAGCCUCUGACAUCCCAUUACAAUUACCUUAACGAAGUGUCUUGUCCACAUACGCGAAUGGGCCUUGAAAUGUUAGCGAUGAUUUUGGGGUGGACAUAUUUCGUGCGUCUAGAUAUUGCUGUUCUACGGUCCACAGCUGCGGAGUAUUACCAAUCAGCAUGCUGCCUCUGUGGGCGUAGUCACAGGGCUGGCCUUUCUGUUCAUUCUCGUCUGAUGCUUACGAACAACAGGCGGUCGAAGAUUUUAGCGUCGUCAUAGGCAGAUGACUUGUGAGACUGCUGUGUCUGUGCAGUGUUCGCUCCGAAUGAUAAUUAAUGUUGUGAGUAACUUCAGCAAGGCAUAGUUCAGUUGUGCUUGUUAAAUAAAUGUACUGCGCUGU